AUGCCGCGUACUCUGGAGGAGAUACGAGCAGCAGCAAAAGCUGGCAAGGAGCAAGGGGCGUCGGGCAGGCCGAAGGAUCCCGAGCCAUCAUCGAAGCCAAGCAAAGGCACCAAGCCGAGCACGAAUGGCAGCACCGCGCUCGUCGUCUCAUCGUCGGGGAACGGGGCAGCCAAGUAUCCGGGCCGCAUGAAAGCGUCAGAGGCAGCGUCGCAAUGGACUGAGUCCAGAGCGCUAGUCCCUUCCAAGGGCAAAGACCUGACGCCCAUGCAGACACCCAAGGCUGUCCCGAAGACUUCUUGGAAGCGAACUGAUGUGGAGGACGACGGAAGUCAGAGACUUGACUUAGUGUCGCAAACAAACAGCCUCGGCAUGCCCAAGUUCUCGUCGGGUAAGAACGAAGAAGCUCCUGCGAUGCACGGAGUUGGAGAAGCUGCUUCGGCAGCUUUCGACAUGACAGUCAACCAUUGCAAGUUGCUCAUUCUUAUCAGCAAAUACGCGCAAUGUGCGCUGACGGCGGAAGACAACGAGUCGUGGAUAAGGCAGGUGCCGUUAUGGGUCCUUAUCUACGAGGGUAUCAUGAAAGAGGUUAUACAGUUCGACUACGCUCCUUGUUCUGUCCUCCUCUCCUACGACGGGAGCUCACGGCGAAUGUUCUUGAACAUCUCACAAGAAGCCAAGUCAGCCAUCGAGGACUUGAGGGAACAAAGUCUCCUCAAUGGGCUCAAGCUCUCGUCCGAGGACUAUCAGUCAGUGACCUCCUUCCAGGUCUCCCUCAAGGGGCUGCAGUUCCUGAAGACCCUCCCCAACAGUCUCUUUGAGGAGGUCAACCAGUUCCUUUACGCGCCGAAUGCUCCGCACUACGACUCCGAGCUCCUUGAGGUCUUCUUCGACGGGGAGAAUUUUCUGCUGCGCUCCAAGAGCGGCUUCCAGCGGAUGUCAGAUGUGACGGAUGUCGAGGAUGUGUCCUACGUUUCGAGCCCCUUCCUGCCUGACUCCCUCCGGACGCGCUGGGGAAAGCCGAUGAUCUCCAAUGCUCACCGAGCAGCGGAGUCGAGCGCGGCAGCUGCGACUAUACGGAAAGAUCUCGAUGAGGCGAUUGUUCUCUCUUACUGCACCGUCCUUGUUGGAGAAUGGGUUCCGUUCGGUGCCAACAACAUCGUAGCUCUCAACGAGCGACUCGGGGCGUUUGACAGAUGUCAAGGAGGACUUUUUACAGCCUUGGUGGACAAACAUCCGUCGGAUACCAACUUCAAAGUCAUGAUGUUGCUGCUGCCGCUGCUUCUUCCCUCGUUUCCCUCGUCCUCUCGCAUAAUCAUCGACUUCAACCUUGUCCGUUUCAUCAACUUCGAGGCAGAAAUCAACUUCCCCGAGGAGGAUGGAAUGGUUCAGAUUGAGCACUUUGGCAUGCACAUCAAUGUUGACGGAACCAUCUUCUACGGGCUCAAGGUAGAGGCGAUCGUCGAUCACGGAGCUUCAGAUAUCUCGCUCGACAACCUCUCGAGAGUCUUGGUGGACGUUCAGGUCAGGACCGUCUCCUGCGCCUGUCAACCCUCAGCUGCUCUACCCCAGCUGGACUCGAGCAAGAUCCUCAACGACCUGCUCACCAACUACCAGCGGGGGCUGCUGGAUGUUCUCUUCCUCGGAGACUCCGACCAGCGCAACAAGUUGGGCCUGCUGGGCAGGGUGCUGGGACUGAGUUAUGUCAGGUACUGCAUGGUAGUUGCCGACCGGAUCCAGCCGAAGAUGCCGGCGCAGGCGUAUGUGGACAGAGACAAGUAUGAGAACGAGCUGAAGCAGGUCAUCGGCGAUCUCUACAUGGCGCACGACAUCGGGCAGGAGGAUUUGAUUAUUGUCGGCAAAGAUGGUCUGAUCCUAGUGGGUCCCAACGCGGUCAAUCUCAACGAGACCACGGACGCGAUCAACUCCAAACAGCUCGAAGAAACUUUCAGAGCCAUCGAGACCAACAUGAAGUUUCUUGUCGACGCCUCCGCCGCGAAUGAAAGAGCCUCCGCCUCCCUCGCCAUCAUGCAAGUUGUGCUAGCGGGGUCGUUUGCCUUCGACAUCAUCGACCGGAUCGGAGGAGCGACGUUAAACAUCGGGCCUCCGCAAUGGGUCAACUCGUUGAUAGUUGAGCCUCUCCUGCUCCCCCCGGGUGUCUGGCUAGCUGUAAACUUCGUCUGGAUGGCUGUCCUGUGCUACUUCCUCGCUCGGCUGAUGCAGUACCUCUCUCGCAAGACCUUGGGGCUAAUGACAGUUCGCUGUAUCCUGAACAAGAAGAUCAAGUCCGAGGAUGGGCUGCUGAGUGAGCAGAGGGGAGGAGUUGAUAUGGGGGAGAGGGAGAGGGAAGGGAAGGUCGUGGUGGCAAGGGAAAGAAGGUAG